AUGUCUCAGUAUCUGGAUGGUGGCACCGGGGUCGGUGGGAGAAGCGUGCCCCGCUUUGUGAUUGGCUGUAAAGAGGAUGAGCAAAGCAUGGGCCAAAUGGAGGCUGGUAUGAAGAACGAGAUGUUUCGACAGGAGGACAUGGAGGACGAUGAAAUCGAGUCGCCAUCAGAGCGACAGAUCGUGGUGGGCAUAUGUGCAAUGAUGAGAAAGUCCAAAUCAAAGCCCAUGACUCAGAUCCUGGAGAGACUGUGUAAGUUUGACUACAUCGAUGUCGUCAUCUUUCCUGAGGAGGUGGUUCUGGAGGAACCUGUGGAGAAAUGGCCCCUCUGUGACUGCCUCAUCUCCUUCCAUUCCAAAGGUUUUCCUCUUGACAAAGCUGUGGAAUAUGUGAAGCUAAGGAAUCCAAUGCUCAUCAAUGACCUCAACAUGCAAUAUUUCAUUCAAGACCGGAGGGAAGUGUAUCGGAUCCUUCAGGAGGAAGGCAUCGACCUGCCUCGUUACGCCGUGUUAAACCGGGACCCUGACAAUCCUGCAGAGUGCAGCCUGGUGGAGGGGGAGGACCACGUGGAGGUGAACGGAGAGGUGUUUCCUAAACCCUUUGUGGAGAAACCUGUGUGCGCGGAGGACCACAACGUCUACAUCUACUACCCAACGUCUGCUGGUGGAGGCAGCCAGAGGCUGUUCAGAAAGAUCGGGAGUCGCAGCAGUGUCUACUCUCCAGAAAGCAGUGUGCGAAAAACCGGAUCCUAUAUUUAUGAGGAGUUCAUGCCGACAGAUGGCACCGACGUUAAGGUUUACACAGUGGGCCCAGACUACGCCCACGCCGAGGCCAGGAAGUCUCCAGCUUUGGAUGGUAAGGUGGAGAGAGACAGCGAGGGGAAGGAGAUCCGUUACCCCGUCAUGCUGACCGCCAUGGAGAAGCUGGUGGCCCGCAAGGUCUGCCUCGCCUUCAAGCAAACCGUGUGCGGAUUCGAUCUGCUGCGAGCCAACGGCCAUUCCUACGUCUGCGACGUUAACGGCUUCAGUUUCGUGAAGAACUCCAUGAAGUACUACGACGACUGUGCCAAAGUCCUGGGGAACAUGGUGAUGAGAGAGCUAGCCCCUCAACUGCACAUCCCCUGGUCCAUCCCCAUGGAGGCUGAAGACAUCCCCAUCGUCCCAACCACCUCAGGAACCAUGUAUGAAGUGCUGGAUAUCGCCCGCCUGCUGCUGGUUGAACUGGGCCAGCACAACGACUGUGAGAUCGAGGAGAAGAAAUCCAAGCUGGAGCAACUCAAGACGGUGCUGGAAAUGUAUGGCCAUUUCUCUGGUAUCAACAGGAAGGUCCAGCUGACCUACCUCCGGAACGGCCAGCCUAAAGCCUCCAGCGAGGAAGAAGACUGUAAGAAGGACGGUCCAUCUCUGCAGCUGGUGCUGAAGUGGGGCGGGGAACUGACACCUGCUGGCCGGGUCCAGGCUGAGGAGCUGGGCAGGGCCUUUCGCUGCAUGUACCCCGGAGGACAAGGUGACUUUGCAGGGUUUCCUGGCUGUGGCUUGCUGAGGCUGCACAGCACCUACCGCCAUGAUCUAAAGAUUUAUGCCUCAGACGAAGGCAGGGUCCAGAUGACUGCUGCGGCUUUUGCAAAGGGCCUGCUGGCUCUGGAGGGGGAACUGACACCAAUCCUGGUGCAGAUGGUGAAGAGUGCCAAUAUGAAUGGACUCCUGGACAGUGACAGCGACUCGCUGACCGACUGCCAGCAGAAGGUGAAGGCCAGGCUGCAUGAGAUCAUGCAGAGUGACCAUGAGUUUACACAAGAGGACUAUCAGAAGUUGGCCCCAACUGGCAGUCCCUCACUGGUGAAUUCCAUGAAGGUGAUAGAGAAUCCAGUCAAAACCUGCGACAAGGUCUAUGCGCUCAUUCAGAGCCUCACUUCGCAGAUUCGGAAGAGACUGGAGGACCCCAAGUCUGCAGAUUUACAGCUUUACCACAGCGAGACGUUGGAGUUGAUGUUGCAGCGCUGGUCCAAACUGGAGAGGGACUUCCGCAUGAAGAAUGGACGCUACGACAUCAGUAAGAUCCCUGACAUCUACGACUGCAUCAAGUACGACUCCCAACACAACGCCUCCGUCGGGCUGGAGGACACGCUGGAGCUCUUCAGACUCUCCCGCGCCCUGGCCGACAUAGUCAUCCCACAGGAGUACGGCAUCAGUAAAGCAGAGAAGCUGGACAUUGCCCAGGCGUACUGUGUUCCUCUGAUGAAGAAAAUCUACCUGGACCUGCAGAGAACCCAUGAAGACGAGGCUGUGAACAAGCUGCACCCUCUGUACUCCCGGGGGGUGAUGUCUCCUGGUCGUCACGUUCGCACCCGUCUCUACUUUACAAGCGAGAGCCACGUCCACUCUCUGCUCAGCAUGUUCCGCUAUGGAGGACUCCUGGACGAGGUGAAGGACCAGCAGUGGAAGCAGGCGAUGGACUACCUGAGCGCUGUGACUGAACUCAACUACAUGACGCAGAUCGUCAUCAUGCUGUACGAAGACAACAACAAGGACCCCUCUUCUGAGGAGCGUUUCCACGUGGAACUUCACUUCAGCCCAGGAGUGAAAGGGUGUGAAGACGAGGAGAAUGUGCCCCUUGGUUUCGGUUUCCGGCCUGCAUCAUCAGAGAAUGAAGACAAAAAGCCCAACCAGGGCAGCUUGGAGGAUCUCUCCCAGGAUCAGACAGACGAUGCGCUUCCUGUCACAGAACUCAUCAACCUGCAGAGAAAGUCCCCUAUGAUCCGUAACCGCAAGGCAGGCUCCAUGGAGGUCCUCUCUGAGUCCUUCCCCAACGCUUCCUCCAAAGGCCCCACAUCCCAUCGACUCUUCCAGUCAUGUUCGCGCCAGUCUCCUGAGAUCAAACCAGCUGGAGGCCUAGGCUCGCUCUGCUCUGGCCUCUUCAGUGCCUCAGCGCUUGGGGUGUCCUCUAGCGCCCCCAACUUGCGGGAUUACGUCCGCACCCACCACCAUCACCACCACCGAAAACCACCUCUGUCCCCCGGCAGUCUGCCGUGCAAGAUUGGCAUGUUUGAACUGCUCUCUAUGCCGGCAGUAAAGAGAUUUUCUGUGUCGUUUGCCAGGCAUCCGACCAAUGAUGAACUCGCUGAGUUGGCGCUACAAGGGUUUGACCCUGUUGCCCUGGAUAGGUCCUUCUCCUAUCACCUGCACCACUGCCCCCACCACCUCCGCCUCCUCAGGACCCAACUGUUGUGUGGUCAGGAGCUCUCAGAGUGCCUCCACGGAUUUGAAGGCUGCUCAAUGGUGCCCUCUAUCUACCCACUGGAGACUCUGCACAACUCUCUCUCCCUGAAGCAGGUGGAGGAGUUUCUCAGCAAGGUGUGUGAGAGCAGCGCAGAGGCCCAGGCCAAAACAAUGAAAGCACUUUCUGGUUUGUUCGACUCUCAGAGUCAGACGUGUCUCUGCAGCCCUCAGCCGCCUCUGUCCUCCUCUGGAUCAGAGGCGUCUCUCCAGCCCCCCGGCCAGCCUCUGUGGCAUGGCAGCAUCCCUUCCAGCGCCGUUUCCAGUGCGGGACCCUCGUCACCAACCACAGACAGCUCCGGGAUCGGCCUGAACUUCAGCUUCAGCGAGUAGCCCCGCCUCUGCCGCCGCUCGCAGGAGACGAUGCCGUCCUCCUCCUCGGAUUGUGGAGUGAAAACUGCUCUAAAGAUAAUUUUUUGGGACCCAGCAGAGCUACUUUCAGACACUGUGCCUUUCCUACGUUUUUUCACUCAUCAGUUUUCCCCAGAGGCUGAAGGAACCUCCUGCUGUUUAGAAACACACAGACCGGACCGAUAUUUUACACAUUCAGUUAGUUUAUGCUAAACUUCACCUGUUUGUUGGUUUCUAGGCGUUUUUUAACAGCUGCUUUCAGAACAAGAAUUAGUCAUUUUAUUGUGGAUUUAUGGCAGAUUCUUCCUCCAUUUUUAUUCGAUUUAUUUUAAUGGUGUGAAUUAAUAGAGGUUUUUAUGAAGCAGCCUUCUGCCCCCAUUUGAAAGGCCGAUGGUAUUUUUCAUUUUCUUUAGGCCUGUAGCUGUAAGUAGUUUCUUCAUAUCGACCAAAAAGUUGUAGAUCUUGAUUUAACUGCAGCUUCUGGUUUCGUCUCUAAUUCUCACAGCAGGCGGAUCAGUCAGUGUGUCCAUGUGCCUUUAACUACUUCCAUAAAAAAACUUCUGCCACAGAAGGAAGCAGUGCUUAAUCUGAAGGAAGAAAUGAGGACUAGUUCAUCUGUAUGCUGCCUUUAUCUGCUGUCCUGCCAAAUCAAACCAAUGUCUUUGCCUUUAAAUUAUCUGCAUAGCUGCUUUCUAAACAUGCUCAGGUAAAGAAGGAACCAAACAGGUUUUCUCAGCAUUUUGCUGAACUGGGGGUCGGGUUAGUUUCCUUUACUUUAUGCUGGUAAACAUUCAGUCAUGGCUUUAUUUCUUAUAUGACCUCUUUGGAUUGUUUUGCUUUAUGAUUCAUCUGAUCUUUUCAGUAGGUCUUUCUGUAGAGCUGCAGGGUAAUGUCGCCCUCUGUUUGUUGCUUGUUGUGGAUUCACUCUUAGACCAAAAAGUAACAAUAGUUCAUUUCUUUGAGAAGCAAAUCUAAAGAGGACUGACAGCAGUCUGUGCUGCGCUGCAGUAGCGAGGCGCUGCCUGUUUUAUGUUAAUGCCGUUAGUCCGAUGAACUGGUCGGAUCUGGCUUGUUCCGUGUUGUUUCGCCCUUUAAUAGCAGAUAGCGGUUGAAGACACUCUGCUUGGUUGGAAAAACUGUAAAACAGGUCUAACCUGUGCAAACAGGGUGGAGAAUUAGCCAAAACUUUUUGUUGAUGUGGUUUAAACUUUGAUUUCUUCAGCAGUCUAUCUGUUGUCGUCUGCUCCUUGAACCCAUUAGCUUUACUCUCUGGUUUCUAACCGAGCUUGGCUGCAGCGUAGACCUCGUCAGUUAGUCCCUGUUGUCUAAACUGAACCCCCAGAACCUGGAAAACAAUCUGCUGUAGAGGAACCUUUUUGUUUUAGAUUUCUGUUCAUUUUUGUCUGUUUUGCAUUUCUGAAUUGUUCAAACAAUAAUAUGUCAGCCAAAGAUGUUUCUGUGUCCUGAGAUGUGAUUUGCUUCAGAGAAGCAGAGUGAAGCUGUAUAAAUCUCUAAAACUGUCUGAAACUGUUGAUGUUCAGGUCAGGUUGUGAUGUUUGGAAGAUAAAGUGCUGAUAAUAAAGAGCUGUAUAUCAAAUAAACAGUUAACCUGCUGUUUGUGUGGUCCAUAUUGCAGCAGACCAAAUGUUAACAGCCCUGUU